AUCCUAGUCGAUGUGUGGCAGGCAAAGAGCUCAAUAACCUCGGCAACUUGACAAGAUGCUCGCCUCGCUGCGCUCGCAGAUGGGCGCCCUGACGCUCCGCCCUGCCGCGGGAAGCGCCUUCAUGGGACGCGUGGCCCGGGCAACGCUUUCCACGACCGCUGUGGAGGGUGAGACCGCUGCGGUGGACGACGAUACGGCCGCUUUCCUGAGCUCUACGUCUCCCGCAGAGCCGCGCACCGUUAAGACCGUUAAGCGCGCAAUCCGCGCCAGCCCUCGCAAGUUGACGUACCUGGCGCAGCAGAUCCGCGGACUUCCGGCCAACGAGGCCAUUCUGCAGAUGAAGUUCUCGCCCAAACGCAAGGCUGAGAUUUUCCAGAAGACGGUGCAGAACGCCAUCAACCUGGCCGACAUCAAGUACCAGAUUGAACCAGAGAAUCUCAUGGUGGCCGAAUGCUUUGUGAACAAGGGCACCUACCUCAAGCGCCUGCGGAUCAUGGGCCGAGGCCGUUCGGGUGUAAUGCACCACCCGCACACCCACCUGACCGUGAUUUUGCGUGAGUUCGACCCGUCCAAGAAGCCGCUGAACCGCCACUUGACCAAGAAGCUUGCGCGCGAGAACGCCAAGAAGCAGCUUGAGAAGGAGGCGACUGCGGAGGAAUAGAUGCAAUCCAGACAGACGUGCACACAUCAUACAGAAGUCGUUCGGAAUGCGUUCGUAUAAAGUUGCUGUUGCUGACGUUCUAACAGCGGGGCAUUCAUGUGCGGACGUCACCUCCAUAAAGGACCAUUAUGACGAAUGUACUGCUAUUUUUUCAUACAUUUCAUAAAGUUGUCCACCACGGUACUUGUUGGA